AUGGCCGACAAACGACCACUCAACAUUCCAGCGGGCAACAGCCCCGUCUCGCCCGAGCCAGAGGACAUGCUUCCUAACGAGAGGCGGACGGAUAACAGGGUUGAGGACUAUACCAAGGCCAUCAAACAAUUGCACCCCCGGGACUUCACCAACUGGACAUCAUGGCCGUGCGUUCGCGAGGCGCUGAUGCUUGGCAUCGGAGGCGGAGCGGCUGCUGGAGCUGUUAGGUUUCUGGGAACAGGUCGUGUAAACGCCGGAGCAAACGUGGCCGUGUUGGCCUUUGUUGGUAUUGCUUGUGGCUCCCACGCGUUAUGCGUAGACAGGAUUUCGAAGGAGAGGGAGAAGAUGCGCAUGAUCCAGGAGCGCUUCCCCCACCGUCAUGUCUCAAACUUGAAGAAGCAAGGUGCAGACUGGGUGCCUCCCCCAUCAAGCACGGGCAGCGACAGUAAGGAGUAA